GCAAAAUGCAACGCCCAUGGCUAGAGAUACAGAGGAGUGAGUGAGUGAGUGAGUGAGUGAGUAAGAAAGAACGAGGAAAAGAGGGAGUGUGUGUGUAUGCAUCGGUGAGGGAGAGAGACAACGAGAUAAGUUAGAGUAAAAGAAUCUUAUUCGUGUUGUAGUGUGAGGAGAAUAGAAUUAGAAUCGCCAAAGGAGGAGCAGAUUUUACCCACUUAUUGAGUUUUUUUCCCCUCUUUUGGAGCUGUUAAUAUAAUAAUAAUAAAAAAAGGAACGCGGCAUUUUUUUUUCAAACCACGCUGAUCUGAUGAUCAUGACGGCAGCUGUCGAUAUGAAACCGACGUUAACGAUCAUAAAGGCUGAAAAGAUGGACGAUCCAGAGUGUGGCGACGUUCCCCUUUUGACUCCAGGAAGUAAAGAGAUGAUGUCCCAGGCUCUGAAAGCCACCUUCAGCGGCUUCACAAAAGAACAGCAAAGGCUGGGUAUUCCCAAAGAUCCCCGACAGUGGACAGAAAACCAUGUGGCUGAAUGGCUUGCAUGGACCAUAAAUGAGUUCAGCCUGAAGAACGUCGACUUUGAGAAAUUCGGCAUGAACGGUGCCAACCUGUGUGCGAUGGGGAAGGAGCGCUUCUUGGACUUGGCACCUGACUUUGUGGGCGACAUCCUGUGGGAACAUUUAGAAAUGCUCCAGAAAGAGGAUACAAAGCAUUUCCCCAUCAAUGGACUGACCUCCAACUUCCAGGAAUCCCGCUAUACCUCAGACUAUUUUGUCAGCUAUGGUAUUGAGCAUGCUCAGUGUGUCCCUCCUUCUGAAUACUCAGAACCGGGCUUCAUCACGGAGUCAUAUCAGACGCUUCAUCCCAUCAGCUCUGAGGAACUGCUCACGCUCAAGUAUGAAAGCGAAUACCCCGGGAUCAUCCUACGAGACACAGCCCUCAACUCCAUGCAGGGUGACUACUUCUCUGUCAAACAGGAAGUGGUGUCCCCCGACAAUAUGUGUGUGGGACGCCUCAGUCGAGGUAAGCUUGGUGGCCAGGACUCCUUUGAGAGCAUCGAUAGCUUUGAAAGCUGCGACCGACUGACCCAGUCGUGGAGCAGCCAAUCCUCGUUCAGCAGCCUGCAGCGGGUACCGUCCUACGACAGCUUUGACUCGGAAGACUACCCCACCGCCUUGCAUGGCCACAAGCCCAAGGGCACCUUCAAAGACUACGUGAGGGAGCGCUCCGACCUCAGCAAGGACAAGCCCGUCAUCCCAGCGGCAGCGCUGGCGGGAUACACAGGCAGUGGCCCCAUCCAGCUGUGGCAAUUUCUCCUGGAGUUGCUGACCGACAAGUCCUGCCAGUCCUUCAUCAGCUGGACAGGCGACGGCUGGGAGUUUAAGCUCUCUGACCCAGAUGAGGUUGCCCGGAGGUGGGGCAAAAGGAAAAACAAGCCCAAGAUGAAUUAUGAGAAACUGAGCCGUGGCUUGCGCUAUUAUUAUGACAAGAACAUCAUCCACAAGACGUCUGGGAAGCGCUAUGUCUACCGCUUUGUCUGUGACUUGAAAAGCUUGCUGGGCUACACACCCGAAGAGCUGCACGCAAUGUUGGACGUAAAGCCUGACACAGACGAGUGAAAGCAGAACUGGCGAAAAGAGCAAAAAGAAACUUAGGACAAAAGUUGAGCUACUGGGACUGAGGCUCAUAACGUUGUCUUAACUGUUUGAUAAGAGUUGGUUAUCCAUUUUUCUGGGGGGACCGAAAAGUUUUUAAUGACUCAGUGAUGGUCUUUGUUGGAUUUGAGCUCCAGUCUUUCAGACCACGUUUUAAAAGGAAGGCAGAAGCCAAAAAAAACAAAACCUGUAUUCACAACCUGUUGGAAAUGACGAGUGUGCAUGAAUGUGUGAGUGAGUGUGGGAUUGCGCGCGCGUCUGACAUAAUACUGGUAUUAUUUAGCAGCUCAAGGUAAAUGAGACGCUACUGGGUAGAAUUAUCAGGUUAUCUUGUGUUCUGUUUAUGUAGCAACGAGGGGGAGGCGAGAGCUCUGCGAUACAAGGUGUGAAUGAACGAAGUCGAGAAGGAGCCUUUUUAAAGUAACUUGUUUCAUUUUUGAGUUAAGCAACAAGCAGGUGAAAGGUUCCUGCUGAGAUAACAGUUGCCAAAAUGUCAAAACGGAACAGAUAUUUACAACCAUUAUCACUGUUUCUCUCCUGCAAGUGGAGAGCUUUCAGCAAGGACCAAAAAAAAAAAAAAAGUGUAAUGUAGGAUUUGAUGUUUGAGGACCAUAUGCUUGUGCCAGUAUUAUAUUGUUAGAGCACCCGAUUUAAGUCCACCAGGCCGAUCACUGGGCAGAGUAUUUUUGUCUUUAAGUGUUUCAAAUUAGACUUCAUCAUUGAAUGCCAAGUUACACUGUUCUGUUCUCAUAGCAGAAAUGUGCCGAUUUGAGUCAGACAACACUAGAGACGCACUGGCCCUGUGCUCUAUCAGGUUUGAAGAGCCUGUUGGAGAUUACUCAUACCCAAAGAGGUCUGCAAGACAACCGAAAGAAGCCGUUACUUUUGAAACUGACGCUUUCACCUUUAUGUACAUGUCGCCACCUUGUUAGGGACACAUUCUGUGACUGAAACGUAUGCGUUUUUUGC